AUGAGCCGUCUCCUCCCCAACCCAGGCCGAAGGAAAAUCAGUAACGAAGAUGACUUCGAAGAUCCCUUACUUCGCGACAACAGGGAUAGCUCCGACGAUGACAUUGAAUUAGCCGACCUGGAGCUAGAUGGCCGCGAACGUACUCCCAUCAGCCAUUACAGGCAUCGAGAUGAACCACCGAAGAAGCAUGUAUCAUGGUUCCAGAUCGCCUCCGCACUGGCAGUAUGUGUAAUAGGCUUCGUCAUUAACACCGAAGCAACUGCAUACGUCGAAGAUGCGUUAGACUGGAAGAAACCCUUCGCGACCAUGUAUCUGACCCACGGCUCGCUGGUCCUGCCAUGGAUCGUCCAUAUCUUCUACCUCCGCUGGAAGAACCGCUCCACUCCCUAUCAAUCCUGGGUCCGCGACUACAACAACACACUCCGCUCGUCCAUUGCCACGAUCGAUGCUUUUGCUACUUCGGGUCCAAAGUUCAUCCUGAAACGCCCAGGCCAGCAAGGCGGACCUCUGGACUUUCUUGCCAGCACGAUGGCAAUCGUCACUGUCGUCCUCACUAUCAGCGGCGCGUCUUGGUUUACCUCGCUCUCCUUGACCACACCAGCGGACCUGACAGCAAUUUACAAUUGCGCUACUUUUUUCGCGGCUGCCUUCUCCGUCCCUAUCCUGAAGGAGAAACUCGGCCGGCUCAGCAUCAUCGCCGUCGCACUCUCCAUCGGCGGAACAUUCACGAUCGCGUAUGGAGACACCACAGCCGAACAUGCUGAGUCUUCUAUCGGCGCGAGCAGAUUCCUCGGUAACAUCAUCGCUUGCGCAGGCGCCGUUGCCUUCGGCUUAUACGAGGUCCUCUUCAAGAAGUGGGCUUGUUCGUCUCGGCCGGAGACACAGGAGUCCAGCAUCCCCCUAACUUUAGCUGCAUCUGCGUUGACGGGAUUUUAUACGUUAGGCGUCCUAUGGAUUGCGUUUCCCAUCUUGCAUAUUUUCGGUAUCGAAGAGUUUGCGUUACCAAGCUUGCAUGCAGUGUUAUGGAUUGUCAUUGCGGUGCUGUCGGCGGCGGUUUCGAUCACUUUGCUCGCAUUACUAGUUGUGUGGACAGAUCCUGUCUUCGGGUCAAUGGCGAACGUUCUGAGCGUCUUCUUCGUAGCAUUAGCGGAUUGGCUGGUCUGGGGACUCAGUCCGUCGUCGGCGACAUAUAUCGGCGGCGCUCUCAUCUUGGUCGCGUUCGCAAUGCUGUCGUACGAUACUAUGGCAAAAGAGAAGGAUUGA